GAAUCUUCGGUCUUGUUUGGUGGCUGCGACAGGCAACGGGGCACAACGAUCUUCACGUUCAUCGAUGAAACGCUCAGAGAGGAGAUAAUUACAUGAUAAAUGCGGAUGAUCUACCCCCUUUUCCAAUGACGCCAGUCGACCCACAGCACAAAAUCCCAUCGAGCCCCUCGGAAGCAUGGGAUGAUGAUUUCGUGUUCAGCCCGCCCGAUGGAAAUGCUCGGAAGGUAUCUACGGGAGAUGGGUCACCGAAACAUGAAAAGAAGCCAACGUCACGCACCCAGCGCGCGGGGAAAGUUUCUCCUCGUACGCCUCAACGUACUGUUGCCGAAGGGCUCCGAGCAUGGUCAGAGUCGCCCACUUCUCCUCGUACCCAAGCCGUCCUCGGCCCCAAGAACAGGCAAGAGGAACGCGAAAACUGGGAUGAUGAUUUUCUUGACUCGACGGACUCUCCUGCGAGACCAGCCGCGUCUAAUCUAGCAGCAUCUCAGUCCCGCUUCACACAACGUUCAAAGGCCCGAGAAGAACUUGAAGACGAAAAUUGGGACGAGGAUUUUGUGAUGGGAAUUGGCACUAGUAGUCCUCGUGCUGGCCCGAGCACACGCUCGAAGCGGUCUCGUCGGGAACGAGAACGUGACGAAGUAUGGGAUUCAUCGGACGAUGAGAUGGCCGAAUUUGAUCGAGAAAUGGGUUUUGAUCGUAACGACGAAGAGGACAAGACCGUAACGUCGCGUUCGCGAAGAAAACCGUUGGGUUCCCUAGUAGACAAUCCUCCUCCUUUACCUCCUUUACCCCCACUGCCGACAUUCCUCCCUACUAUUCCUUCUGGCGAUGCUUCUGGCUCAUAUGCGUCACCUCCCUCACCUUUUCCUCGCUCUUCACCGAGCCAUUCCGUCUUUUCUAUUCCUGCCACCACGACUUCAGGCGGCCAUCGAGAUCGCGAUUCAACAUAUGGCUCCACUGCUCAUUUGGCACUUUCAUUGAGGCGAACGCAUUCGGCCGAGUCUUCGCCUUCGUCGCCUCGCAAGUUCGUUGACGUCAGCCGUUUUCCAAGUUCUGAAGCUCCUAGGGAAAGGCGACGCCUGCGAAAGAAAAGCAGACCUCCGCAUCUCGAUGCAAGCAUUCUUGAGCUCGACGACAAGGUCACAGGCGAACCGGCUUUCCUCCGAUCGUCGACUCCAGACCCGCGUCCGUCAACUCCACCACCUACCGACUCAGGACUCAUUUUGUCACCUACGACUCCGUCGACUUCUGGCCAGGUCGCCUCUCCAGCUGUACCGUUGUCACCAAUAUCUGCGAGCAAGAGUCCAUUGCUUGCUCGUAUAGGUAGCUUGCGGCGAUGGGGACGUAAGCGUACAAGUGCAAGUGCAAGUGUAGAACUCAAUCCGCUAGAGAAUACAGCCAAUGCUGCAGGAAGCUCUCCAACGAGCAGGGUUCCGCCAAGUAGUUUCUCGACAGGUAUCUUUGAUCCGGAAGCCGAGCGAUUAGACCACAACCGAACACCUCGUCCACGCUCACAUGCUGGUAUUCAGCCGCCUCCACCGUCGACAAUGCCUCCACCGCCCACAAUACCGAAUAGAAACCCAACAAAUAUUGGCCAUCCGCAAACGCCAAGUCGAAACCGUUUUUUUCGCGGCUCUUCUGGUGGGAUGGAAACAGACACGACGACGUCCGGCCGCCCAAGCCUCGCAAUCGAGGUACAAAGCGUAAAUAGGUCAAAAUCUAAAGAGAGGGAACAAGAGAAGCUACGAGUGGCAAUUCCUGCAGCAGUACCGAUGACAACACAAAGCAGUCAAUCUGGAGAAUCCGAGGUAGGGAUCGCUGGGUCGCCACGACGUGCCCGAAUCCGCGCGUUUGGCCAAAAGCUCCUUGCCUCAAAACGUUCUGUAUCUGCAUCAUCUCAUGAUCGUGCGGUUGACUCUUCUGAUGGAGAUUCAUCUCAAGUAUCGGCACGUGCCCCCGGCUCUCAUCAGGUAUUAACACCGCUCAGUGGAGACACGCCGACUCGAUUAAGACCGCGAAUUCCUAGUAUGCAGCGAGGUUUAGCUUCACAUGGCAAAUCACGAGCUGUUUUUCCGCGUCAUGUCUCUGGCUCAGCUGUACAUGAAACUCGUUCGCAAUCUGUCAUUGCACCAGGACUAAGUGCUUGUGGAAGGAGUGUAAGCGCGUCCGGAUCCACUGAGACAGCUGCCAGCAGUGAAGAUCUUGCACAUUCUGAUAAGGGUUCGGACGAGAAGGGAGGGCAUCGGGGGUUUAUGGGGAGUCUCCGCCGCAUUAGUCUUGCCAGUGCACAUGCUCAACAACAACAACGACGCCAGGAUCAGUCACCGAGCGGACAGUCUCAUUCACAGAGCUCUGUGUCAGUGGUACCUCCCCUGCCCCCGAGUUCGCUUGAGCCUUCUUCAUCAAUUGCCAAGGUAUCAACGUCGUCACCAGUUCAGUUUGGAGAGACUUGUUCGAAUUUACAAACAACUACUACUGGGUCUGUACAAGUCGAUCUUGCGUCGCCAACGUCUAGUCCACCCCGCGACUGGCUUUCUUCCGCUCCUGCUCGUCGCUCCGGGGAUCUUCCAGCUCUCACACAUUCCAAGUCAUCAUCCUUCGCAACAUCAUCCUCAUCAGGUCAAAAUGCCCCUACGUCGCGCCUAAGCUCAACGUCCCAAAUUGCGUCUCUUGGGCGGGCUUCACCUCUGCCAAUCGGUCCUGGAACGUCACCGAAUGGUAGUGCGAAUGGAAGCAGUAACGCGCUACGGCGGAAUUCCCUAGGUGAUUUGAAGAUACCAAGCCGGAUAAGUCGAGCUCAGGAUGGCUUAAAGAGGGACUUAGGUCGUGUGCGGGAAUUUGCAGGGCGUGUUGAGCAAAUGCAAGAGCUUCGGUCGAGUUAUCUUCUAAUUGCCUCGCAGAUCCAAAGUAUCCUUGACGCGCCUCGUCCUCCGUCUCGAGCCGCGUCACCAACAGGAAGCCUAUUCGGACUGUCACGGUCUAAUUCUCGAGCGAGAUCGAAUACAAAUCCUCCACCCCCACCAAGCAUUGAUUACAAAGGCCUUGCACGAGGUUUCCGGGCCAUUGAUACAAAGUAUAGCAUAGCUUGGGAAUGUGCAGACCUUCUCAUCGAGCUCGGAACGGGAAAUGUGGCUGAGCCUUCGACGAAACCUGUAACUACCAUUACGCAGACCGAAAAUGACACUGUGACCGGCAGAAGUAAAAAUCGGGAGCGAGCAGUAACGCUUGCGGGUGACGAAGGCAAACCCGACCUCUCAUUAACUAACGGCCACAGUCCCAAGAGCCCAGCAGGUGGAAGCUCACCCGUACUUGCGUCAUGGCGUGCAACUUCAGGAAAGCAUGAUUCUGGAUAUCGACAGUUAUACCUUCUGAGGGAGAUGCUGAACAAUGCAGAAUCUGUGAAAGACGGAGCUCAGCUCGACAUUCCUGACGUUCCACAAUGGGCCACAACAGACGAGGCUAUGGACAGCUCGUUGACCCUCCCAACUGACGAAUCAGCGGUAACGAGUCCCAGGCCAAGCUCACCAGCGAAAAAGAAACGGCCGAGUCGACUUGUAGGGAUACGCGACAUGUUGCGCAGCCUAAAGCGGAGCACGGCUCGCGCUCUCCAGAAUCAGCCAGAAGGAAAUGUCAUGAACUCGUCAACGACAAUCAGCACUGAGUCAUCAUUCAAGAACAACCAUCCGCGACGAAUGGAAAACCAUCCAUACGGCUAUAACACGGUUUCUGGUAUACCAAGGCACCCAGCCAAUCCUAGACGGAAGUCUGAGACGAGCGCUGCGCUUGUUGAUUCAAUUAAUGCAUCUACGCCGGACUACGAGCCUUUUGGCGGAAAGGUACCACUCACGCACAAGUCAUCACCGCGAAGACCAAGCCUUGCAUCUCUCUUUCGUAUUGGGCAAAAACACAAGAGUGCUGUCAGCGACAAUUCGCCUUCUGCGGAUUCCCCAGCUCAUAAUAGUGAAAAGUCGGAUUCUAUAAUGGAUAUUUCCGGUUCGGUUGCUGCUCCAACGAUCGUUGACAAUCACCCGGAUACUUCCCAAGACUCGGUAUACGAUGAUAUAGAGGACUCGGACUGGGACAGAAUGGAUUCACUGUCGGAUAUUGACGCGCAGGUCGCUGCGAUAGCUGAUGAAGCCUCGGGCCGUGGAUCUACAAUGAAGCUCCGCAAGAAGAAGCAACAAAACCGACUGUCAAUGCCCCCACAAACCGGACCGUUUAUGUUCAAGCACUACAGUCUACCAUUCAGUUCUUCUCAAGGAAGCGUUGCGACACCCGACCAGUCAGUGACGAACGUACGCUCUCCACGCCUGUCGAACGUCGACGAAAAUAAUGUGAGCAUUCCGGGUGCUGAACGUGUAAUGCCGGAAUCGACACAGCGACCUCGCUCUCGGGGUGGAAAAGAUCGAGAUCGCGAUAGGCCAUUCUCUUCUGUACGCGCGGCUCCAAAACUUGCAAGAGGCAUUCCUUCGUUCGAUGCCACCACUUCGGCACCAGGUGACCCUCCUCCAAACUUAAAGCUUGCGAUGACACCAGAAAACAUCAAGCCAUUAUUAGAGAACGCACGUGUCGUGACUUCACGGCUGCAUGACUGCCUCGCUGAAGUUAAAGGCCUGCUCGUUCGUACCGAAGGUUCCGCAUUUACAUUGUCUACGUCCGCUUCAACAUCCAAAGUGGCUCUGUGAUUUACUUUUCCCGCUUAACUUCAGGACAAAUUCAUACAAUUCAUAGACAUCCCGGUCAAGAUGUUUUGCACUUUUUCUUUCUUUCCUUCUUUCUCUUGCUCACUUCCUGCAACCUCACACUAUCUUGAUUCUUCUCCUUUACGAAUGGUAAUGUUUGUCUCUUUUCCCUUCUUUUAAAUGUUGUCAACUGCCGCGCUGUUUAAUGUACCCUGCAUACGUUCACU